UAGCGUUUCUGAACAAACCGCUUUUCCUUCUCUACUUCUUCAUCGUCGCCAUUACUUCACUUCACUAUCUACACGCCAACUGAAGUUAUUCUUCCUAAUUUUAAUUUGUACAAAACAAAAAUGGCUCAAAGCACCAUCAGGAAAGCCAUCGGUGCUAUGAAGGACCAAACGACCAUCAGCAUCGCCAAAGUCGCCGGAAAUAUGGCCCGGGAGCUCGAUGUCUUGGUUGUCAAAGCAACCAGUCACGAUGAGGAUCCCGCCGACGACAGGUAUAUUAGAGAGAUUGUGAAUUUAUGCUCCAAUUAUUCGAAUGGAUAUGUGAAUGCGUGUGUUGUUACGAUCUCUAAACGAUUGAGUAAAACUCGCGAUUGGAUUGUAGCGCUCAAGGCGCUAAUUGUGGUACAUAGGGUUUUGAUCGAUGGACAUCCCUCUUUCGGGGAGGAGAUUGUUUAUGCUACACGAAAAGGUACGCGAGUCUUGGAUUUAUCUGGUUUUAGAGAUGAAGCUCAUUCUAAUUCUUGGGAUCAUUCUAGUUUUUUGAGGUUUUACGCUUUGUAUCUUGAUGAAUUGAUUGAGACUCUGGUUCUUGAGAAGAAAGUGAAAGGGGGUGAUGAAUCUUAUUACAGGGGCAAGAGGCAGAGUUCGUGGAGGUCUAUUAGACCAGAGAGAGUAGUGGAGGAGUUAAACCAACUGAUUCGAAUGCUUGAUCGAGUUUUAGCUUGUAGGCCGAAUGGAAUGGCGAAGAGUAGUAGAUUAGUGAUUACUGCGCUUAAUUUGGUAAUUAAAGAGAGCUUUAGGUUGUACAUUGAGAUUUGUGAUGCAUUGGGGGUUUUGUUGGAUCAGUUUAAAGAAAUGGAAUAUGCUGAUUGUCUUAGAGUUUUUGAUGUUUGUGCUAAUGCUGUAAAGAAUAUUGAUGAACUUGUGGAAUUUUAUUGUUGGUGUAAGGAUGUGGGGAUUGCUCGGUCUUCUGAAUAUCCAGGUGUUCGUAUGAUAACCAAUAACCUUUUGAUCACACUUGGGGGCUUUCUAAAGGAGAUGACAAGGAGGCCCAAGGACUACAAUGAAAUGAGAACGAAGGAGAUGAAGCCAGUAUCGGUUAAGGAGUCUAGAUACGACAUGAAUGAGAUAAAGGCGCUUCCUCCGCCAGAGAAUUGUGCUCCUGUUUCGCAAUCGGUUUUGCAAUCGCUAAAGGAAGAUUUGGUGAACUUGAGAGAGGAUGAAGUAUCAGCUGAUGAGCAAGGGGAGAAAUUGGCCAUGGCUUUUUUCUCUGGACCCCCAACUACAAAUCCUAAUGGUUCAUGGGAAACUUUCUCAUUGAACCAUGAGCCCGAAGUGAGUUCAGUGUGGCAGACGCGGGCUGCGGAGUUUGGCAAACCGGAUUGGGAAUUGGCAUUGGUUGAAACUGCUAGUCAUCUAUCAAAGCAGAGGCCUGAUAUGGGUGGUUGUUUCGAUCCAAUGUUAUUAAAUGGAAUGUAUGACCAAGAGGCAGUUAGGCGACACGUGAAUGUCGAGCAACUCGGGGGAAGUUCGAGCAGUGUGGCAGUGGCAUUGCAAGGCCAAGGCAGUGCUGGUUCACAAGUUCUGGCACUUCCAGCACCGGAUGGAACAGUUGAACUGGUUGGGCAGCGGGACCCUUUCGCUGCAUCGCUUAUGGUUCCACCUCCUUCGUAUGUACAGAUAGCUGAAAUGGAGAAGAAGCAGCAGUUGCUAGCGCAGGAGCAGCUUCUAUGGAAGCAGUAUGGCAGAGAUGGAAUGCAGGGCCAAGUGGGUUUGGAAAAAGUUGGUAAUGGCUCAGCUUAUUACUAGGCUCCCUUUUGAAUUGGUUUUCACUUUGAGAAGGAGAAUGCCCUAAUCAUAAUUGCCCUCUUGGGAAUAAGCUUCAUAUUUACUACAAGCAGCAAUAACGACAGAAUAAAUUGGCCAAUUGUGUAUAUUUUAAUAUUUUCAGUAUGCUGUCCUUUUGUUUUUUUUUUUUUUUUUUCUUUAAUCUUUGUAUUUGCUUGUUGCAUCAAUGGAUUAAGAUUAAGAGGCAAGAUCCUUGAUAACAUUUUUGUUUAAUUUUGUUUCUUUUCGGGGUUUUUCUUUUUAAAUAAUUUUUAGCACCUGUUUACAAGAAUAUUUUGCUAAUUGUUAUCGAUGUUUUUUGACUUUUUAUAAUCUCAAGAGUAUUUUUGAAACUUUUUAAUAGUUUAUGGGUAUUUGUGGAACAAAAAUUUAAUGAUUUCUAUACAAAAUCAAUAAGUGUGUAUUUUUUAAUCAUUUUUUAAAGUUUAUGGGUAUUUUUUAAAAUUUAGGGAUAUCUUUUACGAUAACAUCAAAGUCGAAGGAUAUCUUUUUUUUUUUUUUU